GCAGAUUUUUCCCAGCCAGUUGCUCGGCUACUCCGCGUCCUGUAACAGCUCCCGGCGGUAGCGCCGUGGCUGUCGGUGGACGCGGGUGGCGAGGCGUUUGGAGCGGCUGCUUCAGCAUGUGGUGCACGGGCCCAGCCGCAGUGGUGGCCUUUUGUGCCGGGCUUUGGGUCUCUAACUCGGGGCCGGCGCUGGGCCAGGAGGCCGGGGAACGGCCAGGGGCCGACUGUGAAGUAUGUAAAGAAUUCUUGAACCGAUUCUAUAACUCCUUGAUAGCCAGAGGAGUCAACUUUUCCCUGGACACCAUAGAAAAGGAAUUGGUCAGCUUUUGCUUGGAUGUCAAAGGAAAAGAAAACCGCCUGUGCUAUUAUCUAGGCGCAACGAAGGAUGCAGCCACAAAGAUCCUCAGUGAGGUCGCUCGCCCAAUGAGUGUGCAUAUGCCUGCACCAAAGAUUUGUGAGAAGCUCAAGAAGAUGGACAGCCAGAUCUGUGAACUGAAAUAUGAAAAGAAAUUGGACCUGGCAUCAGUGGACCUGUCAAAGAUGAGGGUAGCAGAGCUGAAACAGAUACUGCACAGCUGGGGAGAGGAGUGCAGAGCCUGUGCAGAAAAAACUGACUACGUGAAUCUCAUCACUGAACUGGCACCCAAGUAUGCAGCAGCCCACCCCAAAACAGAGCUGUGACCCCCCGAUGCCGGUGUGCCAUUAAGGAGAGACACAGUGACUCUCCAGGAUAUGGACUUGUUGGUUAAGAGUAACUGGGAGUUGCGCUGUAUGUGGUCUCAUACUUUUUGCUUUGGUAACACAACCAACCAAGAAUUGGUUACUUGGAUUUACAAUGAAAACUGCUAAUAUUAGUGGUCUCUUCCAUUUGCAGGGUACCCAAACCUAACAGUGCUUUUCUCAUCAUUUUUGUAAGGAUUAUAUAUAUUGUCUUUGCCUAUUUCCUUCAAAGUGGGAAAUGUGGACUACUGAAAAAUAGAUGGAGUAAGUCGAUUCAAAGAAGGAAGACAGUGCUCAGAGGCCGUUCUCUGUGUAUUAAGUUUUAGUUAAAUAUAUUGGUUUAGGAUAAAAGAAACAAAGUUUGGCCUACCUAACUCCCACCUUCAAUCCAAAACAAUAACAUGGCAUAAUCAAAGGUUUUAAAAAGUAAACUUCGUACAUUCAACUGCAAAUCACUCUACGUUCUGGAGUAUCUCUUUUUGGUAUCCGAUAUGGGAGGGCAGGAGGCAGUAUUUGAAAUUAGGAUUUCCCCAAAGAAGGAAUACCUAUUUAAAACCUAUUUAUACCUACUUAAAGAAAACAGAUCAAGAAUCCACUUAAAUAGAGUCAGUGUUUUAGCAAAUUGUAUCAACACCCACACUGUUGACUGAACUAAGCUCAGGUGUUCUGUAUUCCUUGCUACCACACAUUAGACGAGUUUUUGAUAGAGGAUUAAAGCAUGGUAAAAGCACCUGCAGGCAACAUGGAGCUCUAUGAUUCUUAAUGCUAUUUUAUCGGCUUUAAAUUGUAAAAUCAUUCUUGGCUCUAUUUUCUGGCCACAUCAGAGUAAGAACCCCCCCUGGACAAGUGACUGCCUCUGGGGGAAGGUAGAGUUGGGGAAGGCCUGCAGAGCAGCUCAAGGGAACUUUCUGGGGGGAUGGGAAUGUCGUAUAUCUUGACUGGGGUGGUGGUUACAUGGUUGGAUAGGAUUGUGAAACUCAUGUAGUAGUACAACUAAAAUCUGGCCUUUUUUUGUGUAUACAUUUUAUCUAAAAUACUGCUGUAGAAAAAUUAUUUGAAAAUUAACUGAACUUCGUUGAUUCAAAACAUCUCGUUCGUGUAGAGAAUUGCAUUUACUGACUGGGAGUCCUUUUGGGGAGUGGAGGAGAAAUUUUCCAGACUGAAUGUGUACACUGAAAGUAUAAUUUUCAUGUUUCAAUGCUGUGCAGGUAAAUGAAUUUUCAGUUGGGCAGUUGGGAUGUUCCCAAACUUGUCAGAGAAUUGGUGGUUAGUAACUUAAAAAUGAGAAAAAAAAGCUUUGAUGUAAUAAAUGACCAAAAGGUUAUUGUUUCUGGGUUUUGGCAGCUUGAUCAUUAUGUGUAAAGCACUCUAGUUUAUUAUGAAUUAUAUCUUUAAAAGUCCAUAUUUAGUUUUUUUUGUUUUUUUUACUUUUUGUAACCUUUGUAUUUGUUUUCCUUUAGUACAUUUUGAACCUCUUGAGAAACUUAACAUUUGAAAAUAGUAUAUCUGAUGUCUGAUCUCAAAAUCAGGUCAUAUUUUCUCAGUGUUGUGUGUUUUUUGUUUUUGUUUUUGUUUUUGUUUUCGACACGAUAGAAACCUAGGUCAUAAGAACGCUGCCCAGCAGUUCAUUCAAAUCCAUGAUGUUUGGUCUGGCUUUUCAUAGGGCAUUCACUCUGUCAGUGCCACUGAAACUUUUCAAAUGGUGCACACAAGUGACCCGGGGAUCUUGUUAAAGUUUGGAUUUUGAUCCAGGAGGCCUGGGUGGGGCCCAAGACUGCUUUUCUAACAAGCCCCUGAGUGAUGCCCGUACAGCGCUUGCAGGCACCACACUUGGAACGGCAAGGGCCUGAGCCCUGGAUCCCGCAGUUGAUUUAUUCUCUCCAACUGCCCAUCUCAGUUAGGUUUUUAAUAGAGCUGAAUGUAACAACAACAACAAACAACAAUAAACACACAAGAGCUGCUUCUCUCACGUAAAAGAAGUCAGGUAGCCCGGCAGGAGUAAAUACAGCAGCUCCACAAAGUUAUCAGGAAUGAAGUUCUUAUCUUUUUGCUUUACAUCAGGGACGUGUUCCAUUCUUAACUCAUGGUCCAAGUGGACCCUGGAACUCCUUAUUCCAGAAGGAACAAGGCAUGGAAAGCUGAGCCCGCCUCUUUAGGGCAGCCUUCCCACCUUCCCUUGCUGUUACCCCUCCCCCACACUCUGCUUACAGAUUUUUUUUAAGUAUUUUAUUUAUUCUUAUUUGAAACAGAGACAGAGAUAG